AUGAUCCGCUUUGCAUUGCCAUUCUGGUGUACGAUUAUCACACGCUUCGCUCACUCCAUCCGGACUGCCCGAUUUGUGACGCAACGGAAAAAAGAAACAAUUGCGUUGAUCACUGAGCUUUCUAUGGCUAUUUUGCUCAAGUUUUUCUAUUGGUCUACAAUUAGCGUGAGAAUCAAAAAAUUUUUAUGGAAAGCCCAAGAUGAAGCUCGAAAUCAAACAAAAUUUUUGAAAUUUUUUAGAUCUGAAAAUUGCAUUUAUUCCGCAUCAUUUCACUAAUUUCUAAGCAAAAGUACUGCAGAGCUGAAAAUUACUCAAUCCUUUGAAAAGAGCAAAGAAAAAUGUUUUCGCAAUGCAAAAAAACAUCUUCUGUAGUUUAUUUUUAGACUGCAUUUAUAACAAAAUUAAUAGAGCUAUAAAAAAGUAUGUUUGAAAUAAGCUAGUGUUUCGGCAUGAGCCUCCAUAGGUGUCGAUUAUUUCCAAUGGCUUUAUGCUACGUAGUGUUACUACGAUGAAGGUCUUACUUCGUACCUCCGGUAGCGGAUAUUUGAAAGUAAUAAUUUUCUCUGUAUGUAUACUCCACUAUGAAACUUUUUCAGAAAGGAUACGUUCAAAAUGAAGCUCUAAAAUUAAUUUUAAAAAAAACCACUCGAGACCAGAAAAAAAAACCAAAUUGGACCAAGUAAGUGGUAGCGGAAAAAGUAAAAAGUAUGCAAAGCCCUUGAAAACUUCUCGGCGCCGCGCCAACUCCACCUCCAAUGCGCAUCUACCAACACUAUUCAACUCAAACUCUGGCAACAUCUGUACAUAUUACGGAAGAAAAAAAAGGUCAGAUGUGGCGAAAAAAAAGAAAACAGGCGAACGAAGGCUGUCGCAUGCUCGGCUUUUUCAAGUGUUUGCAAGCGUAUCUCGUGCAGCGUUCACCAAUCUCCAGACUUCAUCAAACUGAAGUUUUUCAAAAAUAGGAUAAAGGUUUCUUUUAUCAAACUGCAAAAAAAAAAUAAUAAAUUUUAAACUAUUGAUGAGUUUUCGAACUUUAUACCUGAAUGGCUUACAUAGUAACAAAUCUGAUUCGCACUGAACAUCUUUUAAGAAAAAUAACCUAGAAGUUGACUCAGGCCCGAAAAAGUAAUUCGAGGCCUCCGUCAGCGGCUGCAGCCCAACGACGUCGCCAGCGGCCCGAGUGCCAGAGUUUGUUUCCAGAAAAAGGCGAACGGCGCCUGUCAACUCAUAUCAUCGUCAACGUAUCACGGAAUUUUUUCGAGCAGAGGAAAUGGAAAUUGUGACCGACAAAAAACCUCGAUUACAGGUGGGCCAGGUCUAAUUGACACGAGGAAGUUAAGGGAGAAAGGUAAAAAGAACUAUAGUUAGGGGGGGAUGGGAAACAUAAAAAGGAUUAACUUCAAAAAAUAAAAAUAAUUGAGUAAUGUGGUCCAAGAAAUAAAAAAAUUACUUUGAAGUUAUCAAAACUUUUUUUUCAAAGUAGAAUUUUUAACCGAUGGGUGAAAUUUUCAACUGAUUUUUAGUCUAAUACUGUAACAAUUUUUUCGAAAAAUAAAAUUCGAGGGUACAUGAGCAGAUAGAACGGUCCGUACUGCCUGAAAAAUUUUUAAUCUGAAAAAAGGAAAAAAAGGGACACAUGACCUAAUCAUUUUUUGAUUGGAGGUAAAAAGUCGAAAAGCCAAUAAUAAGUGGUUGAUUAGCUAAAGCGAGUUUCGAAGAUCGAAGUUCCACUUUCUAAAAAAUUAGCUUAAAAGAAAGUGAGUAUGGGAAAUUUCCAUUAUAGUUUUUUGAAUACCCGCUUGAAUUUGAAAUUACGAAAAAAAAGCGCUUAAAAAAGCUUUUAUUCUUGCUACCCAUCUGACGCGUUCAGCCAUUUUCGGUGACCUCAUAGAAAUCGUAAACAGAAUUAUCAAUUGGCAACAAAACUAAUCCGAACAAACAAAAGACGACAGAAGCGUUUGCCGAGGCGCAAAACAGCAAAAACGGCAGUGAUAAAUUGGAGCGAAACUGCAGGAAUCAUGCAAAACCUCUGCGUUUUUCUCCGUUCCAAACACGCCUGUCCUUGAUUCCUGGGACAUGCACCAUCGCCUUUGUAUGUUUUCCGCUCUAAUGUAGUGUACCACGAUCGGAUGGCACAAAAGAAGAAGAAGAAGAGGAGAAUUUCAACAAAGAAGUCAACGUCACAAUGUCGGAAAAGGCGUUCUGCAUCACUGACGUCACCUAUCCUGGCCUUGUCCGAAAAUUGGUUUGGCUAGGUUCCUCUGAACUCAGAACUUCUGACGGAAAUCUUAGAAACCUAUCUCAAGCUCUUUCAAGUUUUGUUCCACAACGCAGCUUAGCCGCCGAGAGAGUUUCAAAAAACAAACCAAAGAAAAGAUAACUUCAAUGGAACUAUCUCGAAAAAAGUGAACUCAAACUUUUGUUUCAAAAAAAUCUAGCUUCACUUUUUCUCUUAUCAUUGUCAAGAAAAAUGAUUGCGUUCUUCUGUCUUAUCUUCUACUGUUAGUAAAAAUCCCCUGAAAUAUUAAAUCAUUCAACUUUUUUUCGACAUGUGAGUUGACAUAAAAGUUCAUAUCAGCAGAUAUAAAAAUAAACACGAUACUAGACGAAAAGAUUUCUACACAACGCGCAGAGAACGACAAAGUGCGAUAGAACCGCCUUCACAACUAAAGCCUUGUGUACAAAGGAAGAGCCUAAGGAAAAAAGGGAAAAAGAGCCAAAGUCGAAAAAAGCGAUGAGUAGAACUUGGGUAAGCGCAAGCGUCAACCACGCCGGUAAUCCGCUUUUUUUCACUGUUCGGUCACGUUCGUGCAAUGUUAUUUAUUUUGCUUAUUUAUUUUUCCCGAUUCGGGAAAAUCUUCGAUUCAGGCGGAGAAAAUCGCGUGAGACACGCAUGAGAAAGGUCUCCGAUUGGUCACUAAAACUGUCACAUCUCAUAACCGUAAGCUUCAGAUUGAAAUUUCAGCGAGUAGGAACGGAAAAAAAAAGUCGGGCUAAUCUAAAGAGAAAAAAAUGGAAAAAGAUAAUCAAGGAAGUUACUCAUUUUAUCAAAAAACUGAACUAGAUCAAUUUUUGAGCAUUGAUUUCCAAGUAAAAACACUCUAAUUCAAUAAAACCUUGAAAUUUUCGUAUUUUUCAAGUUUUUAGGAAAAUCGGUAGUGUAUUCAGAUUAUCAUCCCAAUUGAGGGUAACCAGAUGUGGGGAGGACAGAAAAAGUACCGAAUUUUGAAACUAUUAAACCAAAUCAAAGAAUCCAGUAGCGCUCCGACACAACAGAAGCAGUACACAAGCAGACUUUCCAGACAUACAAUCUCCUCCGGCGGCCUUUUCUAGGUCUCUUCGACAUCGGCGAAAGAAAACGGACAGAAAAAAGACGACGACGGGUUUGAGUCCAGCAAAAAUCUGUCGCUAUACUUCCGCAAAUCGCAAGGCGACAAUUACAAGCCGUUUGUAUUCGACAACGAAGUCAGAUCAAAAAAAGUUCAUUCUUGUCCAUUCAGUUUUCUGCCGCUGUAUAAUCGGCUAGCGGAGGCGUAAGGAGUAAAGCGCGUGAAAGUUCUCUGGAAUAACCGUCCCAAACUGGUUGAAGUUGCGAUGUUAAUUUAAGAGGGCCUCAGAAUAUAGCUUUACUCUUUAACCACACUGGGAUUUUCAGAGUCUCUCUACCCAUAUAUAUAUAUAUAUCAGAUGCUUACACGUGCAAAACUUGAUGUUUUGAUAAUCUAUGAUAAAUUUCAAAUCUCGCUAGGAAACCCUCAAAGUCGAUCCAAAACUUUUAAUUUUCCGUGGAAAUUUCACACAAGUACAGGUCAUGUUCCACUGCUGAACAAACAUUUAGUUCAAUCUUUGAGCGGUAAAAACCAUUUGGAAAAGAUUGAGAGCGCUCUUGAAAAUGUAAAAUAAAAUGGAAACUUCUGAGGGGAAAAGUCAACAAAACCAAACGGCAAAUAGUCGAAGUCGCCUCGAACAGAUCUCUACUUGAUAGGAGUGGAUUAUAAAAAAAGGAAACACUAGAAACUGAUUUGACCAACGAAUCGAGAAGGAACUGAACAAUGACCCAUGAUACGUGAAGUGUUUAUACUCACUGCGUCUAAUAUAUCUUCAAAAAAGUUUUCUGUCAACCUUUUUCUUUAUUUUUGGCCGUUUUGUCCACUUCAGCGAGGCAUAAUAAAUCAAACGGUUGAUAAAAAAUGGUGGCGCAGUUGGUGACACGAAUCUCGAACUCACAAAGAAUGAAAUCGCAGAACAGAGGAAAUUUAUUGCAAGCAAAGAACUUUCUGCAUCUGUCUACAGUCUUCAGGUUCUGGCCAUAGAUUGAUAAAAUCUCCAACUACUGAUUGUAGCUGAAAAACGAUAACUUCGAACGGUGUAUAUGUUCUCACCCUUUUCGAGACAAUUAUAAUUCCAAUGAAAACACCAAUUCCAGUUUUUCGCGCGAAAGUCAAAGGAUUGAAAUACGAUAAAAACUGGAAGGGAAAAUAGUAAAUAAAGAAUUAAUAAAAACCGUGCGCGGCGAUUCGAAAAAAAUGCGUUGGAGAAAAAAACGAAAAAAAAAAAUGCUAUUUCGCAAAAUGACACAAUCAAAAACUAGGGGAAAAAAAUGAAUUAACAAAAAAAGAAAAAAAUAAUGCAUCAGUGCAUUGAUCCACAAGUUAUUCGUGCCAGUAAAGUAAAUACAAAAAGCUGUAAAUUUUUCUGGGAGCUUUUUUUCAAAAUAAAGUCAAGAAAUUUAACUCAAAAAAACUUGGACCGGAAGACAAACAUAAACUUAUAUUAUUUUUUUCGUUUAAUAAUUUUUUUAUGUUUCAAAUUUUAAACUUUUUUUAUUUAAUGAGCACUGAUUUUUUUUUUAAUUUUCAAAAAUUGAAAAAUAAUUUUAUAAUAAAAUGAUUUAAAAAAAGGACCAUUUACGUUUCAAACAUCAAAAACAAAAUUUGAGGCAAAAGACAAAAAGCGACAAAAGAUUGACAGCAAUCAAACAAAACGACAAAAAAGCGUGUAAUCAAGUGACAAGGAACCGUCAAACGAACCUAGUGACAAGCCGAAAAAAGAAGAAGAAGACGUGGCUGAAGACAGCCGACCUCACACCUGAGGAGGUGUCGCCGCCGGCUCACACCUGUCGUCUUUGGCGGCUCUUCCCUCCACUAUAUAUAAGGUGGGCUUGAACUCAUUAACUUCAUUUAUCACUCCUUUCUGUGCCCCGUGUUGCUGCUCUGGCUCUUGAGACCACUUUUAUUUCUCUUUCUUUUCAAAACGAUACGUUUUCAGCAAAAAACACACUUUCAUUGAGGUCUAAUCUGAUUUUUUUUUUCCUCGUUUCCUGUAAACUACAUUUUUCAAUUCCAUUGCUUAUUCAUCACCUUUUGUGCGAAAUCUAAUCAACUAAAUAGUAGUAGAAACUUAAAAAUAUAAAUAUUUUUUAAAUUUUCAAACAUUUCAUCCAUGUAUUUUAUUUUUUCGAACACUUGAUAUAAUCGCAAAUAACUGUAUCAUUACACUUUUAAAUUAAUCUUCUUUCAGAAAAGACAUGUCAAACUCUCAAUCUUUCACUGUGGCUGAACUCAUUUCAUCUCCGGCUCAAGAUCAAAACGAGGUAACCCAGCAACAAGAAAAUAUAUAAACAAACAACUUUUUUAGAAAGCCGACGAAUCAGAAGAGAAGCCAAUUUACUCCUACAACGCCAUGAUUGUGAUGGCUCUCCGACAAAGCGAAAACGAAAGGUUUGUACAUUGAAAAAGAAAUAAGAACCUGAUCAUUAAAUGUUCAGACUAACGUUGAGUGGAAUUUACGAGUACAUCGAGCGUCGCUUUCCCUACUACAAAAAAGCACAGAUGAACUGGAAGAACAGCAUCCGGCACAAUUUGUCGCUCAGCAAGUGUUUCAUCAAACUUCCUAAGGAUCGCGAGAAUCACCAACACAGAGGUUAUUCAACGAUAAUAAGAUUCGAAAGAAAACACAUGUGA